GUGACCGGAAGCAGCAUGGACGUAUGCGGGCGGGAGUGGGUUCGCCUGGCGGCCAAGGGAGUCUGCGGAGGAUGGGGCCCUUGGCGGGCUUGGGUCUGCCUCCGCGGCCAGGCGGCCCUUGCGGGGCGACACUGGACGAGCUCGGCGCGCUUCUCCGGGGGCGGGCAGGACUGGAGCCAGCGGAACAGAACGGUGCUGACCUAUCUGGCUGCUGCGGCCGUGGGCAUGGCAGGGGUGUCCUAUGCGGCUGUGCCGCUGUACCGGCUUUAUUGCCAGGCUACUGGACUUGGUGGGUCUGCAGUAGCAGGUCAUGGGUCAGACCAGAUUGAGACAAUGGAACGUGUAAAAGAUCGCAUUCUAAAGAUCACUUUCAACGCAGAUGUACAUUCAAGUCUUCAGUGGAAUUUCAGGCCUCAACAGACUGAAGUUUAUGUAGUUCCGGGAGAGACCGCACUGGCAUUUUACAAAGCAAAGAAUCCCACAGAUAAACCGAUUAUCGGUAUCUCUACCUACAACGUUGUGCCUUUUGAAGCGGGCCAGUAUUUCAACAAAAUACAAUGCUUUUGUUUUGAAGAACAGCGACUUAAUCCUCAUGAAGAAGUAGAUAUGCCAGUCUUUUUCUUCAUUGAUCCUGAAUUCGCAGAAGACCCAAAGAUGGCCAAGGUUAGCUUGAUUACUCUCUCUUACACCUUUUUUGAAGCAAAAGAAGGACAGAAGCUACCUCUCCCUGGCUAUAACUAAAUUUCGUAGCACCUGGACUCUGCACUGGAGAUUUUUCUGCUAUAAAAUACUGGUGAUUUACAGACUACACCAAUAUUUAUUCUGCAGCAGAAGAAGGAACACGGUGAAAAUCUGAAAAGCAGAAAUUCUAUUUUAGAUGUACAAUGAUGUCUGCUUGUUCUAAAGAUGUGAUAUUUAAUUUUUACAUAUGUCUGCAAAUGCAGUGAAUAAAAAUGGCUCAAGGCACUA